AGAAACUUGUCAAAACCUCAAAAGCCAAAGCUGAAAACAACACGAAGAAGAAGCAAGACGCGGUUUGUUGAAUAUCCGAAAACAACCAAAAAACCGUUAUUGUUCUCUUCCAUCAGAUCCAGUUCGACAAUUCUAAGCUUCUUGUUCUCUCCGACUCGACCUAAAUGGCUAACAACAGCAAAAUUAACAAUCUGGAGGAAUCGAACCCUCUAUUGGAAGCACAUGUGGAAGUGAAUAGCACCAAAUCGGACAAUACCGAUAAGGCUGGCAACAUCAAGACGGCCAAGAAGGCGGUGGCUCCGGAAUCCGGUUGGACCGCUAAUGGGCUGCCUUUGGGGCAGGGGAGCGUGAUGGGGGAGCCGAUGGGCCGGGCCCAUUGGGAUUCCGGCCUCUGUGCUUGCCUUGGCCGCAACGAUCAUUUCUGUAGCAGCGAUCUUGAAGUUUGUCUCCUUGGAAGCGUGGCCCCAUGUGUACUGUAUGGAAGCAAUGUUGAGCGACUUGGAUCUGUCCCUGGGACCUUUGCAAAUCAUUGCUUGUCUUACACUGGUUUGUACCUGAUUGGGAACAGCUUUUUUGGUUGGAACUGUCUUGCGCCACUGUUCUCAUAUCCUACACGUACAGCCAUUCGUCGGAAGUUUAACCUCGAGGGUAGCUGCGAAGCACUGAAUAGGUCAUGUGGGUGCUGUGGUAGCUGCGUGGAAGAUGAGUUGCAGCGUGAGCUCUGUGAGUCGGCAUGUGAUUUGACGACUCAUGUAUGCUGCCACCCAUGUGCCGUCUGCCAGGAAGGUCGUGAGAUCCGUCGUAGGUUGCCCCAUCCAGGGUUCUGUGCCCAACCAGUUCUGGUCAUGAUCCCCCCAGGCGAACAGGCAAUGGGCCGUGGAGCCUGAAGAGAUUCCAGCUUAGCUUUAAAGUGCUAUCCUGUCUAUACUUGCGUCAUAUAUAUUUUUAUGGCAUCGUAGAAUCUUGUGGAAGUGGAACAGCGCUUUUGUGAUGUGAUUGAAACGCGACCAAGUAUCAUGCUCUCUUUUUUCGUUUUCUAUUUUCUUGUGGAUUUAUAAUAUAUAUACUUGUUAUUUAUGUUAAUGUACCUUUUUAUUAUCUUAAAGGGGAUAAGAUACUAGUU